GCAGACGAAGGAAAUUGUUUACAGAGAAAAAGUCCUUCUGCAAUGUUUUGUUGUCAGUUAGAUCAUGUUUUCCGUUGAGUUGGCGUUAUAAAGACGUCAUUAUUUAGGAUUGCAGUUUUAGAUAGGAUAUUAGGUAUUUCUAUACAAAUGGGAAGAUGAAAUCAAAGCAUCAUUGACAGCAAUAUGAAACAACCUUAUUUCAUCGAGUGACCAUGUGAUGUGAUUUGGCCUCCUCAGUCACCAUAGGUAAUGAACAAAUUGUGGAAGUGGACAUGAACCAACCCAUGUCCUUUGGUGUCCAGCGUGAGGUUCAGUUCCGCUUCCUCUGUCCCAAUGACAUUGAUGAAGUCAAAAGACUGUGUACAGAAUGGUUUCCUAUAGAGUACCCUGACACCUGGUACCAGGAGAUAACUUCUAACCCCAAGUUUUACUCGCUGGCAGCCACAUACCAUUCCAGGAUUAUAGGGAUUAUUGUGGUGGAGGUCAAACAGCUGGCCAACACCAACAAAGAGGAUGCAGACAUUCUGGCUUCCUAUAACUCCUCAACUUGUCAGGUGGCCUACAUUCUGAGUCUGGGUGUAGUGGUGGACUACCGGAAACAUGGAAUAGCCUCGUUACUGUUGGAUAGCUUGAUCUCAUACCUCACUGCCAAGGACCGCUACAACUGUAAGGCCAUCUAUCUCCAUGUCCUGGCCACAAACUGUGUGGCCAUUAAGUUCUACGAGAGGAGGCGAUUCAAGGUUCACAGUUUCCUCCCCUACUACUACUCGAUACAAGGAAAGCCCCGGGAUGGAUACCUCUAUGUCUUGUACAUUAAUGGCGGCAAGCCCCCAUGGUCCACUUUUGAUUAUAUCAUGAACAUGGGAGAGAUUCUAAUGAAGCUACAACCUUGUGCCCUACCAAGGCAGAUCAUACGGAGCGUACGUGGAUGGUUUUGUCGUCUUCUGGCUGGGGCCACCUCUGACUAGUCAUCAUUCCAUUUCCUACUGGGGAGCAUCUCAAAAGAAUGUGUUUUUAUCAGGGAGCAUCUCAAAAGUAUUCUAUGGAUAUGUAUAAGAAUAUAUAUCUAGUACCAUGGUCUUUCUUCCAUUAUCCAUAAAUGUAUUUCUCAAAGUGUAACUUCAAAACUUUAUGAUUUUAUUUAUUUAUGUGAGAUAUGUGUCAGGAAUAUUGCAGGAUUUAUAAAGAUUAGUUUUAUGUGUAAAAGUUCAAAAUAAAACCACUGUAUUCUAACAUACAGAUCUUAGGUAGUAAUAUUUACCAGUAUAUGUAUUUGAUAGGUGAUCAUACGAUUUUAAAUAUGCACACCAAGAUGUGAUGGAAAAUUAUUAGUUUUACUGAAAUCAUUUUUACUCUGUAAUACAAAAUGGAAUUCUACAAAAAAAAAAAAAUCAUUGCUUAUCAAGUUGGCAAGUCGGAGUAUUUCGAAAAUUUCUUCUUCUUUUUUUGAUAAUAAUUCAAAUAAGAUAAUUCUCCUGAUGUCAUGUUACCAAUAGUGGUAUUUAUUUUUGCUCUCUCUCUCUCUCUCUCUCUCUCUCUCUCUCUCUCUCUCUCUCUCUCGUCGUCCUUACAAAAUUACAUCAUCACUGUUGUAUACAAGUUAAUUGUGUGCAUUGAUGACGAUAGAUAGUGCUUUAAGUUAUGUAAGUACACAUUUUAAACAAUCUUAAUUUUUCAUUUUGAUUAUUUGAUGAAGUUUUGCAUGUGUAUUAAGCAAAACAAACUUCUUAAUUAGUGUGUGUAUGGUUUGUAUGAAAUUUGUGAAUGUGUUAAUAUAACAUUUUAUUAUAGCAAAGAAUUUCAUUUUUUUAAGGGUUUUUAAAUUACUGCCUACUGAAUAUUCAUAUAUAUUGACACAUAUUGACACUGAACAUUCAUCAUAUUGACACAUGGCAUUAUUUACAUGUAAAAAAAAAUCACACAUACAGGCACUCCUAAUUGUAAUUUCCUCUCUGAUACCCUGUGUAGUAGUUUUAAUGUCCAUUCUAACUCAAAGGAAAUGAAGAAAAAAAUUUAAAGAAAAUAAUUCAUGCCACAAGUCCUUAACAUUCCACAUAAUUUAUCACUGUCAAAUUGAAGUCUGUUUUAAAUUAGAUUGAGAUGAUUGAGGCACUUUUAUAUCAGUAAGAAGAUUUUAAACAAUCCUGUUGAGGAUAUCAGUACAAAAUGCUCUUUUGAUCAUGUAUCAUUUCUUCAAAAAUUCCACCCAUUUUUUAUAUUUUUGAAACACAGAACAACUAAAAACCCACUGAAACAAAACCAAAGGGUUCCCUUUUCCAAACAUGCCCAUGGUGCAUUUUUUGUGUGUCAUGAAUGGAAAUUAAUUUUAUUUACUUUGAAUAUUUCUAUCUUUGAAAAGAGACUGAUUCUUCAUGCCUGUGCAAUUUUCUUUGGUCAGAGUGCAUGAAUUUAACAUAGAUGUAAACUACUUUAAAAUGAGAAAUACUUUUAUAUCCAUUUUCGAAACUCAGUAUCGAUCACCAACAACAUCAUUUUUUAUGUAAAACUUUGGGACAUCUACACUUAAGACACAUACCGGUACUUACGAAUGAGCAACUGGAUGAAUGUAUUGUCUGCAAUGUAAUAGACUGUAUGAUUGUGUUGCUUUUGAUUGACUCUAUUAUGAGUGUAUGAAAAGAAUGAUCUCAUUAAGGUUCAUUAGACAGUUAGCAGGGUAUAACUUUGUUUGUUUCCUGGCGUACUUAUUUACUGAUAAGUAUGAUCCCAAUUUUACUUACUGAACAUUUAGCCUUCUUUAGAGAAAAGUGUUAAACUUUUUAUUUUAGCUUUCUUAACUUUAUAUUUAUUCCUUUUUUACAUUUACAUACACUUUUAAGUUAUUUUUUGUAGAGGAAUGUAAAACUUUUCAGAUUCAAUACAUGUACUGCAAUUGCAUUGAAUAUAUCGCCAUAAAUUCAGUAUGUUGAUGAGAUCCUGUAGAGUUUUUUUGUCCUAAAAUGAUUUCAAUUUGUGACAUGAAAAUUUAUGUCAUAUUUCAUGUAUCAAUUUAAUGCAUAAUAGAUUUCUUGAUGAACAAAUGUAUAAAGAUUGAACCCCAAACCAAAGUCCUCUGUCAGAACAAUUCAUAUCUUCUUCUCUUGAAAAUGUUCCUGAGUCAAAAUUUUUGUUUUGAUGAAGAUGAAGGUCAUGAUAUUUUGAAAGUUCGUUGCUGUUUAAGACUAGUACUUGUAAAUAAAUUUCAUACACUGUUAGACCAGUAGGAUUUCGGAUUACAUGUAUAGGAGUCUUGACUCAGCUGGCUUAGUUCAAGGUUAUGAAAUUAAGAUUGUACAAAUCGUGUUUCAUGCUUUUGGUCUACAGAUAGCAUGAGCAUGACUUAGUUAUUACAUGUACAAGCAUUUGAAAAAAAUGUGUGAUUUAACAGUGGAAUCUUAUUUUAUUUGUAUACCGGUAAUUUAUGUUUACAGCAUUCCUUAAAAUCACAAAAUUUCCAUUUUCAAUUGUUCCAUUGAAAGAGAGAUGAUUGAUUUAAAUUGUAUCAAACUGGGGUUGAAUUUAGCUCAAUUUUGAAAAAGAAAAAAAAAAUAAUAAUAAUUUUACAUACCAACCUGUAGGUUAGUUCUGAAUUAGGAGUAGACAAACAGUUCUUUAAAAAUUGUAAAUUUUAUCAUUUUAUUGAUUUUUUUUUUAAGGAAAACAUCAAUAGUGUAGAAAUAAGGACAUUUUCAUAUCCAUUCCAUGGCAUUUUCAUCACAUGUAAAACUAAUAUACAUGUAGCCUCUCAACUCUUGAUCCUCUUCAUGUCACUAUCCUACUAAAUUGUCACAUCUACAACAUCUUACAUGUAUAUGUCAUGGUAUUACAUUAUGUGUAUAAUAUUAUAAUGUUGAUCACAACGCCUGAUAACUCACCGUACCAUCUCUGUGAUAUAUAACGUGUUAUCACACAUAAAGCUGAAAUCCAACUUCACAUGACUGUAUUAUGGCUAGAAAAAAAAACAACUGUGUGCCAUGAAUCAGAAAAUAUCAAUGUGUCUACAAAUGUUGUUUAGGUUUCAAGUGCUAACUGACAACACCAAUAAGUUGCAUUUCGUCUGUGAUAGUGCUGAACACCUGUUUGUAUUGUACACCAAGAUUUUCUCUGUCCUGUACUCUUAAAAUUUUGAUUUUUGUUCAUCCUUAAGUUGUAAAUCCAUAUUAUCUGUAUGAUACCGAUUAGUACCAAGUACAUGUAUGUAUAUGCCAGUUCAGAAAAAAAUUAUUAUAAUUAUGGUACAUGUAAAUUGAUGUAAUAAUGACGUUUGGAUUUUUUUAUUUUAGUUUUCUCUGUUUAAAUGUAAAUUGUCUUUUCUUUUAGUAAAUUAAAUUUCCAUGACAUAAUGUCAAACUUAAUUAUUUCUAUUUUUUUGACAUUACAAAUAUAUGCAAAAAACACAAAGGCAUCCUGAAUAUAUUGGUUUUAACUAAUAUUUAAAUGAGGGAUCUAUAUGAUUAAAAAUAAAAUUCAAUAAAAUGAAUGGAAAAAAAAUUUGUACAGUAUUAAUUAAUAUCUAUCUAAGUUUCUAUGUAUAUGAAAACUGCUAUUAUAUUUUUCAUGUGUUGACCAUUUAUAAGUCUAAGAAUUGGUAUAAAAAAGUGCAUACAUGUAUUAACGUCUGUGUCGUACCAUCAAUUCAUUAGCUGCAAUCUAUUCUGAAACACAGAGUUACAUGUACUGGUACAUUACAAACUUGAUGUGUGUGUACAAUGUAGUGUCAAAAUCACCAAGCACCUUACCUUGAUUUCAUUGACUUUAUACUUACAUAUAAUACGUCCUAAUUACUGCCCGUGCACCUAAUGCAAUUGAAUUUAUCAGGUGUAACCUUGCUCUUUCUUCUAAUGUUACAAUGCUUAAGUCAUGAAUUUUUAUCUUAAAUCAAUCUAGAACACAAGCAAUAUAAAAACUGGUAAAAUGUGAUUGGAUUUGCCACAUCUAUUAUUACUCAAGAAUUAUCCAAAACCUUGAAUUUUAUUUGACUGGACCGUGUUCUUUUGAUGUUUUUUUUAAAACAGAGUAACAAGUUAACCUGUUCCAGUAACAAGGGCAGUGAUUGGGACUGAUUGGUUGCUGUUAAUGUUUGUAUACAGAGUGUCCAUUGAUUUGUGAGGUUCUAUUCCUUGUUAUCUACACAUUGUAUGAUUUGUUAAUGUCUUUGUGUUAUUGUUUUGGAGUCUAGCAUUCAUUACCAUAUUAUUGAUGAAAUAAAAGAAUCGAAAUUAUCAGAAAA